GGCGUUUUUUCCGGACGCUAUGGGAGGGCUCUGGCGUCCGGGAUGGAGUCGCGUCGCUCUUUGUGGUUGGUGCUGGAGGCCCCUGAGGCUCCCGACCGGCGUUGCGGAGAGGGUAGAGCACGGUCUCAGGCCGGGGGGGAGCGGGACAGGGGGUGCUGAGAGGGGGCCGAGGCGGCUCGGAACAUGGAGGCGCCCGAGUCUGACCGCAGACCUGGCCGUGCAGCCGGCGCGGCGGCCGAAGAGCACGAACCCCUACACGCGCGCGCAGGAGGAGGAGUGGCGGCGGCGGAACAAGACCGUGCUCACGUACGUGGCCGCGGCGGCCGUGGGCAUGCUGGGGGCGUCCUACGCCGCCGUGCCUCUCUACCGGCUCUAUUGCCAGACUACUGGACUUGGAGGAUCAGUAACUGCAGGUCACGGGUCAGACCAGAUUGAAAACAUGGUGCCCGUUAAGGAUCGCAUCAUUAAAGUCACCUUUAAUGCGGAUGUGCAUGCAAGUCUCCAGUGGAACUUCAGACCUCAGCAAACAGAAAUAUAUGUAGUGCCUGGAGAGACUGCAUUGGCGUUUUAUAAAGCUAAGAAUCCUACUGACAAACCAAUAAUUGGAAUUUCUACAUACAAUGUUGUACCAUUUGAAGCCGGACAGUAUUUCAAUAAAAUACAGUGCUUCUGUUUUGAAGAACAAAGGCUUAAUCCACAAGAGGAAGUAGAUAUGCCAGUGUUUUUCUACAUUGAUCCUGAAUUUGCUGAAGACCCAAGAAUGGUGAAUGUUGAUCUCAUCACUCUUUCUUAUACUUUUUUUGAAGCCAAGGAGGGGCACACGUUGCCAGUUCCGGGCUAUAAUUGAAGUUGGCAACUAAGUCCUGCUUCAGAUUAGUGAUUUUUGAAAAAUCAUGUAUCUUGUCUUCUCAGAAGAGAAACACUCUACUAUAGUGUAUUCCAUUCUGUUUUGUGCCUUCUGUUUUAAAUAUUAUGUACUGAUGUUUUUUCCCCCAUUUACCCUACUUAAAAUUGAGAGAACAGAUUCAGCUUUUUAUCAUAAGGAAUCAACAUGCCUAUUUAGAAUGUAUGACUAUUCAAAACCAUAGUAUUGCCAAGUAUUAAAAAAAACUGCUUUGUUUCUUAAAUAUGUAGGUAUAGUCCCCUUCCAAAUUAUUAGCACUUCAUACUUGUAGCAGUAAUUUUAUUUUUAAUGUCCAGUGUUGUUUUAGGUUCUAGGUCAGAAGUUCUGACUAUAUUUCUAAAACAGGUAGUUACUUUUUUUUCAUUGUGUAUAGUCUCUGUUUAAAAAGCUCAAAACAGAAGAGGAAUCACUAAGCCCUAACAGUUUGCUCAAAUAUUUUAUUCUGAUUACAGAUGUGACUGUUUUUCCUUUAAGAUGUAGGGCAAUUUACGUUCAAAGUACUGAAAAACUACUUUGAAAUAUUUGGAUCAUGAAAUUGAAAUGAAAUGCAAGUAUCUACUGGACUUCUAAUAUUUCUUAUGAUAGUUCCAAGUCCCUGAAUAUUAAAAUGUGUGAGAAAUGUGAAGAUUACUGACAUUAGAAGUUCUGCAA